UCGUAGCUUGAGGUCUUAUCUGGUUUAACAAGUCGUAACACAAUCGCAAACUUGUGAGAGAGGUGCGAAUCAAAUCAACCAUGUCAUGGUUCGCAAAGACAAUCGCAAACUCACUCAGACUCGACGAAGAAGAAGAAGAAGAAGAAGAACAAGACGAACAACAAGAUGAACAACACAACAACAAUGGCGCUGACCUCAAAUCACAAUCCGAUUCACCAUCCGCAUCCGCAUCCGCAUCUACUCACAGCCCCACCGCACGCGGCGUCAAGGAAGAUAUCUCCGAGCUCACCAAAUCCUUCUCGCGCCAGUUAUGGGGCGUCGCCUCCUUCCUCGCUCCUCCUCCUCCUCCCGAUCCGGACCACGACGCCGCCUCCGAUCCCAAUCGAAACCCCGCCGAUGAUGAAGAAGAGGACGUUAUUGCCGGAAUCCGAAGCGAUUUCGCUGAGAUUGGUGGGAGAUUCAAGAGCGGGAUCUCUAAGCUCUCUGGUCAUAAGACCGUCUCUGAGAUCACCAAGAUCGCUUCUACUUUCCUUCAGCUUGGAUCCGAACAUCAACGCGAUCUCGACGGUGUGAUUGGAGUCACUGAGGACGUCGUCGCCUUCGCCAGAAACGUCGCGAUGCAUCCGGAAACUUGGUUGGAUUUCCCUCUUCCCGAUGAUGAUCCUGAUUCUGAUGAAUUUGAUUUGACCGAUGCACAACAAGAGCACGCUCUUGCUGUUGAACAUCUGGCUCCGAGAUUAGCAGCUCUGAGAAUGGAGCUUUGUCCUGGAUAUAUGAGCGAUGAUAACUUUUGGAAGAUUUACUUUGUGCUUCUGCAUCCUAAACUCAAUAAAAUGGAUGCUGCUAUUUUAUCAACCCCACAAAUAAUGGAAGCUAGAGCAAUGUUAACUCAUGAAUUAAACAGAAGAAGUCAGGAAAAGAAAGAGCCUGACUCAUCUGCAAGAAGCAAUACUCCCUCAAAAGAGGAAGAAGAACAGCAUCUCUUUGUGCCAAGUAAUGAUCAACUUGAAUCAAAACCUCUUCAGACGUCUGCUGUUGAAGCAGCUCCAUCUGCGGUUGUGUCUGAUGUUGAGAUGGAGAAACAUCCCAUCGAAAGUGAUGUAACAAAGAUUAUUGACAAGUCUGUGGUUAAAGAAGAAUCGGUCAAUCCAAUUGCAGAACAGUCAUCAUCUAGUUCAGUAAAUAGAUUUUCAUAUGAAACCUAUGAGGAUGAUGCGGAUGAUUGGUUGAAAGAGGAUGAUAAUUCUGAAAUGGUUGGUCCCAGUGGAACAUCUGUUCAUACUGGUAAUGAAGAGGAUGUAUCAUUCAGUGAUCUUGAGGAGGAUGAUAGUGAUGUGCAAGCAAGUUAUAAGAAAACUAGAUCAGGCUCUGAUUCUUCCACAAAAGACUCUCGAGAUUGGGUUCAGCUAGGAAGAAGUUCGCCGAACUCGGAUAAGGAUAUCACCUCUGUUGAAGGCAGACAUGCAGGAUCUGAUCAUUCAAGUGCUCGCAAUUCUGUGACCAAGGAUUCUAAUGAUUGGCUUAAUGUUGAUGACAUUGAUGUAAUAUGAUACUGCCACGAAAAAUGUUCUAGAGGUAAGUUAUUUCAUAUAAUUCAUUCUAUUUUGUGAAUAUUUGCAUAUAUACUCUGUGAGUCUGUGUUCUGUAUGGUUAACCUCUGAAGACCGUGCUUGUGUAAAUAAAGCCAGUCUCCACUGGGCUCUGUACUAUGUAUGGUUUACCAUGCAUCAACUAAAUCUUUUAAUUGAUAUCAGAAUUCCCAGAA